UUGAAUCAUGUCAAUGUUGUAUUGAAAUCUAAAUGGAUGAACCAGAUGACACUGGACCUGUCUGCAAAAGGUCUUCAUCAAAGCGUUUAAAAAGAUCACAUUUGGCACACACUAACAUUUCAGAAGCUAGCAAAGAUACCAACAAGCAACCUAAAACAGACAACUCAGUAAUUAUUAUGGACACAAGUGUUGAGGGCUAUCAUGAUGACUUUGACAAAUUUAGUGACAGUGAUCUGGCACUAGCUGAAAUGGACCUAACAGGGUUGUCUCCUCUAAUGUGUCUCAGAUCUUCUAGCACAAAAAGGACUUCUUCAAACACAGCUUCUAGACAUAAAACCUCAAAACAUAUUUACACAAGGAAAAGAGAUUCAAAAACAAAACCAGAAUUAGUCGGUAAAAACUUAUUUGAUUCCCAUUUAUCUGAAAGAAGUCAACAGAAACAUUCAGUUUCUAAGGAAUGUGAUGUUUGUGUAGAUAUUUCUGCAGAAAUUGAUUUAUUUAAUGACUCAGGGGACUUGUUAAAAGAAGAUUCUUUAGAUACAUUUGUAAAUGGAAAUCAUGAUAAAGCUGGAACAUUUGUGGACAAUAUUAAAGUUAGUUCUUCUAACGAGGCAAUUGCAAUAAAUACACAUAGGGGUAAUGUUGUUGAUAUGACCGCAACAGAAACAAGCCUUGAUGAUUCAUUGUCAGAGUAUUUUUUUAUUGGUAGGAGCCAUAUUAAGGAUAUUAAUACAAGUAAUGUUUCAUCACCUAAAAAAAAUUCUUGUGAAAACAAAGUCACUUCUACUGACCAAAAAGUGGAGAAUAUUGAAUCUGCAAACAGUAAAUCCUUUUGUCAGUCGUUAGUAGCUUCGUCACAGCAGGACUUGAAGACACCUCAUAUCUCAACAUCAGAUGUAGUUAGGGAUAGCUCUAUAACACAUACAAGUGCUCCCAUAGCUCAGCCUAAUGAGGUGACAAGCAGUGAGUUCAAGUCUCUAAAGGAAAGACUCAAACAGAGGCUCCAGCAGAAUGUGGGGGUCAUAGGUCACAACAAGGAUCCGGAGGAAUGGAUCAAACUAGAGGCUGUGCAGCAGGCAAAGCUUGAGGCCUCGCAGAUCAGAAAGGAAGGAACUGAGGUCGAUAUUGGCCCUUUUUAUGGGCUCCCUUUAAAAGUCCAGAAGUUGUUUGAAACCAAUCGAGGAAUUUCCAAGUUGUAUGACUGGCAGGACGAGUGCUUGAAGCUUCCAGCCAUCAAAGAACGCAGGAACCUGAUCUACACCCUGCCAACCAGUGGUGGGAAAACACUGGUGGCCGAGGUCCUUAUCAUGAGGGAGCUCAUGUGCUACCACAGGGAUGCUCUGCUCAUUUUGCCAUAUGUUUCCAUCGUUCAAGAAAAGGUUCAAACUAUCAGUGAAUUUGCCACAGAGCUAGGCUUUAUUGUUGAAGAAUAUGCAGGAAGUAAAGGAAGAUUCCCACCUGUGAAGAAACAAAGCAAGAAAUCCUUAUAUAUUGCUACUAUUGAGAAAGGCCAUUCUCUGAUCAAUAGUUUGUUAGAAACUGACAGGAUGGGCUCUCUAGGGCUAGUUGUGGUGGAUGAGCUUCAUAUGAUCGGAGAAGGUGGAUCAAGAGGAGCCAUACUAGAAGCCACACUGCUGAAAAUAAUUACUGCCCCAAGUGAAACACAGAUCAUUGGAAUGAGUGCCACACUGAACAACAUCAAUGAACUGCAGACUUUUCUCAAUGCUGAUGUUUAUUUUAAUGAUUUUAGACCGGUCACACUGCAUGAGUAUGUUAAAGUAGAAGACAAUGUGUUCCUGGUGAACCAAAAGGCUUUAGCUGAAGAAGAAAAACUGGAACAUAACAGAUUCAUCACAUUCCAGUACACUAAAGAGUUACAGCAGCGUGACCCUGACCACCUGUAUGGUCUGGUGACAGAAGUCAUCCCAGCCAACUCCUGCCUAGUGUUUUGCUCCACCAAAAAAAAUUGUGAGAAUGUUGCCCGCAUGUUGAGUGAACUCAUUUGUAAGCACCAGAGACACCUGGCUGAGGUGAACAAACCAAAACGUAAACAACUGCUUCAAGAGCUGCUCCAAGCAGGUGAAGGGCAGAUCUGCCCAGUGCUGGAGUACACAGUUCACUUUGGCAUUGCCUACCAUCACAGUGGCUUGACCAUGGACGAGAGGCACCUGAUAGAGGAGGCCUACUCCGCGGGUGUGCUCUGCCUGCUUACCUGUACGUCUACCUUGGCUGCAGGUGUCAACUUGCCUGCCAUGAGAGUAAUACUCCGUAGCCCAUACAUAGGCAAGACUUUCAUCAAGUACAGCCAAUACAAACAGAUGACUGGGCGAGCAGGGAGAGCUGGGAUUGAUUCAUCAGGGGAGAGCAUUCUUAUUGCAAACAGUACUGACAGGAUGAAGGUGAGAGCACUUCUGGCUGGUCCAAAAGAUUACUGCCACAGUAGCUUAGCAUAUGACAACGGCAAGGGGAUCACUUUCUUGUUACUCUCUGCCAUUGGUCUAAAGCUGGUCACCACAACAGAGUCGGCCUUUGACCUCCUGAAGAAGUCCCUGCUUUACAUCCAAGCCUCAGGUCUGGGUGUUGAUGUCACCCAAAUGACACGCGACUCACUCCAGUACCUGAUUGACCAGGGGCUAGUGCUGCAGACCAAAGUCCUUGAUGACAACACGUUGGAUGAGAGGUACCUCCUGCAGGUCACUGCUUUGGGAAAGGCAACUUUCAAAGGAUCCAUCGACCAUUCAUUUAGCAGACAGCUGUAUGAGGACUUAGAGAAGGCUAAAGGCUCCCUCAAUGUGGACACCCACCUCCACCUGAUCUACCUGGUGACACCUUAUGACAUGGCUAGCACCAUCAAGCCAGACUGGAAUGUCUAUCUAAACCAGUUCUUCAAACUGUCAGAGUUGGAGGUCAAGGCUGCAGAAAUUAUUGGUGUACCAGAGAACUAUGUUGGCCUAAUGGCAUCAGGUCGAAAACCUAGAAAAAAAUUCUCUGAGAUGACCAUGAACCGUUUUUACUUAAGUUUGAUACUCUGGAACCUCUGGAACCAGAAGUCUGUGUGGGACGUCGCAGAAAAGUUUUCCCAAUCUCGGGGCUUCAUACAAAACUUGCUCACACAGUCUGCCACUUUUGCCUCAUGCGUGUUCCAUUUUUGUCAGGAGCUUGAAGAAUUCUGGGCCUACCAAGAUUUAAUGACCAACUUUAUAAAGAAAUUUUCUUACUGUGUAAAAAUGGAGCUGAUUCCUCUUAUGGAAAUUCCUGGUGUAAAAAUAGGAAGAGCUAAUCAGUUGUAUGCCGCUGGCUAUAGAAAUAUUGCCAUGAUUGCAUCAGCCAGCGUAGACACUCUGGUCAAGAGUGUGGAGCAUCUGUCUCGUCGAGCUGCCAAACAAAUGAUAUCUUCUGCCAUAAAUAUUCUGGAAGAGAAAACAACAGCCUUGCUAGAAGAGGUGGAAUCAUUAGUUACAGUUCCCAGCUGAUAUGGUGAUGUCUGACUCAACAUGGAGCUUUUAUGGUUGUGGUGGAUGUAGUGGGACAAGGUGGACCUCAAU